AUGUUGAACAAUCCUACACAAAAAUUGAGGAAAUUUCCCAUCGACAACCACGACAACCUCGAAAAGAUGGUCAGAUACGCAGCAACUGAGAUCCAUCCGACCAAGUCGGCCCGCGCUCGCGGUGCUUACCUUCGAGUUUCCUUCAAAAACACCCGCGAGACUGCACAGGCAAUCAAUGGCUGGAAACUCCAGCGCGCAGUCAAGUUCCUCGAGAACGUCCAAGAACACAAGGAGGCCGUUCCAAUGAGAAGAUACGCCGGUGGAACUGGAAGAGCUGCACAGGGCAAACAAUUUGGUGUAUCCCGCGCAAGAUGGCCAGUCAAGUCUGCUGAGUUCCUUUUGGGUUUACUCAAGAAUGCAGAGGCCAACGCCGAUACCAAGGGUCUCGAUACCGGAAACUUGAUCGUUAAGCACAUCCAGGUCAACCAGGCACCAAAGCAACGUCGACGAACAUACCGUGCCCACGGUCGUAUCAACCCUUAUAUGUCGAACCCAUGCCACAUCGAGUUGAUUUUGACCGAGGGUGAGGAAGUUGUACAGAAGUCAGAGGCUGUUGUUGGACGUGAGGAGGCACACUUGAGCUCGAGACAACGGGGUGCUCGUCAACGUCGUGCUAUUACCGCUGCGUAG